CAUUAUUUAUGCAAACACUCCAAAACACCACACCCUCCUUUUCUUUACCUUCUCUUCCCAUCCAUGCUAUGACAGGUGUUUGCAUUGUUCCUGAUUUAGGCAUAAUAGCCACAAAGAGAGAGAGAAAGAAGGCAUGAGAAAAUGAACGAUCUCCAUCAUCAUUCCUUCCCCAUGUGAUGUGCCACCCCUCUCUCUAGGGUUUUCAAUUUCGGAUUCAAUCAACCAACCCCAGACCUCAAAGCUCACACCUUUCCCAUCCAUUCGCACAAUUCCCUUCGCCCUUUUCCUUUUCUCGCAAAAGGGUCUCCGGGGCUUCGCCUCUCUCUUUGACCGUUCCGGGCUCGCCUCCCCAGGCCUCUGGAAACACAAAAAUAACUGCUUUUUUCUAGAGAGAGAAAGCCACCAUGCCAACGUAGGGUGGAGCUUCUCUUGGUUUUUUUCUUCUCCUUGCUGGUGGUGCUGACCGAGCAAUGUUGGAAAUGGAGAAGGAUUUUGAUUCGAAGCUGAAGAUUCAGGGGAAUUCCUCAUCUUCCAAUGGUGGAGGCAAUGUGCCGAGAUCCAAGAGCUUUGCUUUUAGGGCUCCUCAGGAGAAUUACACUAUCCAGGACUUUGAAUUGGGCAAGAUCUAUGGUGUUGGCUCUUAUUCUAAGGUUGUGAGGGCAAAGAAGAAGGACACAGGAACUAUCUAUGCAUUGAAGAUCAUGGAUAAAAAGUUUAUUACUAAGGAGAACAAAACAGCUUAUGUGAAAUUGGAACGCAUUGUGCUAGAUCAAUUGGAUCAUCCAGGCAUUGUGCGGUUAUAUUUCACAUUUCAAGAUUCAUUUUCUCUAUACAUGGCACUUGAAUCCUGCGAAGGUGGAGAACUUUUUGAUCAAAUAACCAGGAAAGGUCGUCUAACUGAGGAUGAGGCACGGUUCUAUGCAGCUGAAGUUGUCGAUGCUCUUGAAUACAUACAUAGUUUGGGAGUCAUACACCGUGAUAUUAAGCCAGAGAACUUGUUACUCACAGCUGACGGACAUAUUAAAAUAGCAGAUUUUGGGAGUGUGAAGCCUAUGCAGGAUAGUCAAAUCACUGUCCUUCCAAAUGCAGCGUCUGACGACAAAGCCUGCACUUUUGUGGGAACAGCUGCUUAUGUUCCUCCAGAGGUUCUUAAUUCCUCUCCAGCAACUUUUGGCAAUGACCUAUGGGCACUUGGCUGCACAUUAUACCAAAUGCUUUCGGGAACUUCCCCUUUUAAAGACGCAAGUGAAUGGCUUAUUUUUCAAAGAAUUGUAGCAAGGGAACUUAGAUUUCCAGAUUACUUUUCUGAUGAAGCAAGAGAGCUCAUUGACCGUCUGUUGGAUUUGGAACCCAGCAGGAGACCAGGUGCUGGACCUGAUGGUUACGCUAUUUUGAAAGCACACCCAUUUUUCAAGGGGGUUAACUGGAAUAACUUGAGAGCACAAAUUCCUCCAAAACUUGCUCCGGAACCUGGGACUCAGUCACCUGCAGCUGAUGAUGUUCAUGAUUCAUCAUGGAGUCCUUCUCACAUUGGGGAUGGUUCCUCGGGUUCCCUUAGACUACCUGAUGGUGCUACAUCUUCUGAUGGGUCUAGUCACAUAACUAGGCUAGCUUCAAUUGAUUCCUUUGAUUCAAAAUGGCAACAGUUUUUGGAUCCUGGGGAAUCUGUUCUUAUGAUCUCUAUGGUGAAGAAAUUACAAAAACUAACAAGCAAGAAGGUGCAGCUCAUCCUCACCAACAAACCAAAGUUGAUCUAUGUCGACCCAUCAAAGCUAAUUGUGAAGGGAAAUAUAAUAUGGUCUGAUAAUCCAAAUGAUUUAAGCAUCCAAGUGACUACUGCAUCAAAUUUCAAGAUUUGCACACCUAAAAAGGUAAUGUCGUUUGAAGAUGCUAAGCAAAGAGCAUGGCAGUGGAAAAAGGCAAUUGAAGGACUUCAAAACCGGUGAAUUUAUUCUGGUUUUGAGACACAUUCUUUUAGAUAUCCUUAUUGUUCAGCAAGAAGGGAUAAAACAGUAGACUGCCCAACAAUCAAUUAUUCAUUAAGAGAAAACAAAUUUGAAGAUUUUGGAAGCUGGUUCUAGCUAUAAUUCCUCAACACAGCUUAAUUUUGUGAUGAGUUCUUCCAUCCUCUUUCAUGCUUCAAAGGGAUGAUAAAAUGUGGAAGUUCUAAUUGUAGCUAUGUCAAAGGUUGGAGCCAAUACUUUGUAAGAAAAGAUUCGCUUUUUUUUUUUUUUAAUUUUAUAUUAAUAUUAUCAGUUGAAAGAUGAUAUCAUUUUGGUUGUCAUACUGUGUGAAUCAUUGAAUUGCUCAAUUUAUUGUUUCUUCAGCA